AACUGGAACUUCACCGAGCAAGCUCUCCCCGACGAUCUAAUCAAGAGGGGCAUGGCGGUGGAAGACCCAACUAGUCCGUACAAGGUGCGGUUGCUGAUCAAGGACUACCCGUACGCAACGGACGGGAUGGCCAUCUGGCAUGCCAUCGAGGGGUGGGUGGUAGACUACCUGGUCAUCUACUACACUGACGACGGCGUGCUCCUGGAAGACGUAGAGCCGCAGGCAUGGUGGAUGGAGGUGCGAGAGGUCGGGCAUGGCGACCUCAAGGAUGCACCUUGGUGGCCCAACAUGCAGACGGUGGCGGAGCUGGUCAAGGCCUGCAUCACCAUUAUCUGGAUUGGGUCGGCUCUGCACGCGGCCGUCAACUUUGGGCAGUACCCUUACUCAGGUUAUCACCCCAACAAGCCAUCGGCGAGCCGGCGCCCGAUGCCCGAGCGAGGCUCCGAUGAGUACGCGGAGCUAGAGAAAGAUCCGGUGAAGGUGUUCCUCCGCACCAUCACCCACCCGUCUCAGGCCCUCAUCGGCAUCUCGCUGAUAGGGGUCCUGUCCAAGCAUUCCUCCGACGAGCUCUACCUGGGGCAGCACGACAUGCCGGAGUGGACGUCGGACGCCACGGCGCUGGAGGCGUUCAAGCAGUUCGGCGUGAGGUUGGAGGACAUCGAGAAACAUGUGCUGGCCAUGAACGUGAAUCCUCAGCUGAAGAACCGCAUGGGACCAGCCAUGUUUCCCUACAUGCUGCCCUACCCCAACACCUCCGACCACACGGAUGAGGCCGAAGGGCUCACGGCCAGGGGCAUCCCCAAUAGCAUCUCCACCUGA